AGAAAUAAAAUUGAAACCAAGUCCAAAUUUCAAAGACCCUUCUGGCUCCUUUCCCUUUUCUAUCUACACAGUUUCACUUUCAACUCCAAAUCUUGAUUUCUUAAAAUUACCAAUCUUUUCUCUUCAGAUAUACAGAUCUGGGGUUUAGGAUUUUUCUUUAGUUGAAAGAAGAGAAAAAAGGGAAAGGGAAUAUAUCUACUAAUGGAGAGUUUAAUUGGUUUGGUGAAUAGAAUUCAGAGAGCUUGUACAGCUCUUGGUGACUAUGGUGGUGGUGAUAAUGCAUUUUCUUCUCUAUGGGAUGCUCUUCCUUCAGUUGCAGUUGUUGGUGGUCAGAGUUCUGGAAAGUCAUCUGUAUUGGAAAGUAUAGUAGCUCGAGAUUUUCUUCCUCGUGGAUCAGGAAUUGUCACAAGGAGACCAUUGGUGCUGCAGCUUCAUAAGACUGAUGAAGGACAGCAGGAAUAUGCAGAGUUUGGUCAUAUGCCGAGAAGAAAGUUCACAGAUUUCGCCAUGGUGCGGAAGGAGAUUGCGGAUGAAACUGAUCGAAUCACAGGGAAAACUAAGAUGAUUUCUCCUGUUCCUAUCCACCUGAGCAUAUACUCUCCAAAUGUGGUGAACUUAACACUGAUUGAUUUACCUGGUUUAACAAAAGUGGCUGUUGAGGGGCAGUCUCAGACUAUAGUUGAAGACAUUGAAAACAUGGUUCGAACGUAUGUUGAGAAGCCCAACUGCAUCAUUCUAGCAGUUUCUCCUGCCAAUCAGGAUAUUGCCACCUCUGACGCAAUAAAACUUGCAAGGGAAGUGGACCCAACAGGUGAGAGGACAUUCGGAGUGUUGACCAAGCUAGAUUUGAUGGACAAAGGCACUAAUGCUCUAGAUGUUCUUGAAGGAAGAUCUUAUCGUUUGCAACAUCCCUGGGUUGGUAUUGUGAAUCGUUCACAAGCUGACAUAAACAAAAAUGUAGACAUGAUCUAUGCAAGAAGAAAGGAGCGUGAAUAUUUUGCUACCAGUCCGGAUUAUGGGCAUCUGGCUAGUAAAAUGGGUUCAGAGUACCUUGCAAAACUACUGUCAAAGCACUUGGAACAAUUUAUUAAGGGAAGAAUACCAAGUAUCACCUCACUUAUCAAUAAAAGCAUAGAUGAACUUGAAUCAGAAAUGGACCACCUUGGAAGGCCUAUUGCUGUUGAUGCAGGCGCUCAACUCUAUACUAUUUUGGAACUUUGCCGUGCUUUUGAUAAGAUAUUUAAGGAGCAUCUAGAUGGAGGUCGACCUGGUGGUGAUCGAAUUUAUGGAGUUUUUGACAACCAACUACCUGCUGCUUUGAGAAAACUCCCGUUUGACCGAUAUCUUUCUGUGCAAAAUGUGAGGAAAGUUGUUUCAGAGGCAGAUGGUUACCAGCCUCACUUGAUAGCACCUGAGCAAGGUUAUAGACGGCUCAUUGACGGGGCCUUAAAUUAUUUCAGAGGCCCAGCUGAAGCCUCUGUUGAUGCUGUUCACUUUGUGUUGAAGGAACUAGUAAGAAAAUCUAUGGGAGAAUGUCAGGAGUUGAAGCGGUUUCCCAGUUUGCAAUCUGCAAUAGCUGCAGCAUCUAAUGAAGCCUUGGAAAAAUUUCGGGAUGAAGGUAGAAAAACGGUAGUCAGACUAGUGGACAUGGAAUCUGCUUACUUGACAGUGGAUUUCUUCAGAAAACUCCCUCAGGAGAUGGAACACACUCCCCAGAAAGGGGGAAAGCCGGAGGCUGCUGCUGCUGUAGACCGGUAUGGAGAGAAUCACUUUCGGCGGAUAGGUUCAAAUGUAUCAUCAUAUGUGAAUAUGGUGUCUGAUACAUUGAGGAACACACUCCCCAAAGCAGUGGUCUAUUGUCAAGUGAAGGAGGCCAAACAAUCUUUGUUAAACUACUUCUACACUCAGAUUGGGAGGAAAGAGGGGAAGGCACUUGCAGAAUUGUUAGAUGAAGACCCUGCAUUGAUGGAGAGAAGAAUGCAAUGUGUCAAGAGGCUUGAACUGUACAAGAAAGCAAGAGAUGAGAUUGAUUCUGUAGCAUGGGUACGAUGAGAUAAUUGCGCGUGAGACCUUUCUUCUAUGAUGCCUUACCACAAAAUUCACGACUUGGGUGAAUCGAUAUUGCUGCUUGUUCAAACGUUUGACAGCCUAAAUUCUUUGAUUGUUGUAGAAUUUAUUGUCGCAUUAUUUGGCUUGGAAUGAAUUGUUGCUUUAUUAUGUAUUUUGUGAACUGAGGUAAUACCAUAUAUCCAUUUGCCCGUC